UUUUGAGUCUGAGUCUCGCUCUGUCACCCAGGGUGGAGUACAGUGACAUGAUCUUAGCUCACAGCCAACUAAGUAGUUGGGAUUACAGGGGUGUGCCACCACACCCAGCUACUUUUUUUAUAUUUUUAGUAGAGAUAGGGUUUCGCUAUGUUAGCCAGGCUGGUCUCAAACUCCUGACCUCAAGUGAUCCACCCACCUCAGCCUCCCAAAAGCACUGGGAUUACAGGUGUGAGCCACCCCGCCCAGCAGGUAUUUCUCUUGUGUAAAAUACUAAGCCUGUGGAAUAUAGCACUCUCGCUUACUGAUGCACCUUCUGCCUUGUCCCUAACCAGCAGCAAUUUUACAUGAUUGCUUUGUGCAUCUCUAAGGAACCUCUGUCAAUUAAACUUUUUUUUUUUUUUUUUUUUAAGGAUAAGCUUGGGCUGGGUGAGGUGGCUCACACCUGUAAUCUCAGCACUUUGGGAGGUUGAAGCAGGCAGAUGACUUGAGGUUAGGGGUUCGAGACCAGCCCGGCCAUUGUAGGGAAACCCGGUCUCUACUAAAAAUACAAAUUAGCCAGGGUGGCACGUACCUACAAUCCCAGCUACUCAGGAGGCUGAGGCAGGAGAAUCGCUUGAACCUGGGAAGGCAGAGGUUGCAGUAAGCCGAGAUGGCGCCACUGCACUCCAACCUGGGCAACAGAGUUAGACCCUGUCUCAAAAACAAAACAAAACAAAAAAUACUAAGGUUGGCCAGGCACGGUGGUUCACUCCUGUAAUCCCAACACUUUAGGAGGCUGGCGCAGAAGGGUCACUUCAGCCCUGGAGUUCGAGGCUGCAGUAAGACACGGUCACAACACUGCACUCCAGCGUAGGCAACAGAGCAAGACCCUGUCUAAAUAAAUAAAUAAAUAAAAUAGUAAAAAAGCUAAGCUUGUACCACAGAGUCUUCAAGGUCCCAGGCCCUAUGUAUUGCAUGCUCCGCCAUAUCCAGUGCUGGCCCUCGGAUCAGGAUGGUGUCAUCACUCCACUGUCCACCCAGAGGGAAGGCAAAACAUCCAUAUCCCGGGUCCAUUUAGCCAUGAGAAGCUGGAAAAUGGCUGUGAGUCGGCCUGUUGUCCGGUUAGAACUAACUCAUUAGGUUGCGCACCUCCAGUCUCCUCUUCCGGCCAGGAGAAAGCAUUCCUAUCACUUCUUGCUUCUCAAGCCCUACGGCUUCAGCGGUCCUCAUUGGAGAGGAAUCAGCAAUCGAAAGAAGAGCAAGCCAAGCACUGUCGUGACGUAGCUUUCAGAGAGCGGAAGUUGUCAGAUUUCACCGAGCCGUAAAGCGCACUGGCUGUGUCAUCUUCCGGUUAGCGACAACGGCUCUGACCGUCCGACAGUCCGCGUGGCGCCCGCGCCGGCCUUCCUGAGGCGGACUGUGCCGGAGCCUUCCAGAUUCCGUUUGUUUCCCUGUUCUCGCCCGCUUCACCCUGGAUCAUGUUCAAGAAGUUUGAUGAAAAGGAAAGUGUGUCCAACUGCAUCCAGCUGAAAACGUCAGUUAUUAAGGGCAUUAAGAGCCAACUGAUAGAGCAGUUUCCAGGUAUUGAACCAUGGCUUAAUCAAAUCAUGCCUAAGAAAGAUCCUGUCAAAAUAGUCCGAUGCCACGAACAUACAGAAAUCCUUACCGUAAGUGGGGAAUUACUGUUUUUUAGACAAAGAAAGGGGCCUUUUUGUCCAACUUUAAGGUUGCUUCACAAAUACCCUUUUAUCCUGCCACACCAGCAGGUUGAUAAAGGCGCUAUCAAAUUUGUACUCAGCGGAGCAAAUAUUAUGUGUCCAGGUUUAACUUCUCCUGGAGCUAAGCUGUUCCCUGCUGCAGUAGAUACGAUUGUUGCAGUCACAGCGGAAGGAAAACAGCAUGCUCUGUGUGUUGGGGUCAUGAAGAUGUCUGCAGAAGACAUUGAGAAAGUCAACAAAGGAAUUGGCAUUGAAAACAUCCAUUAUUUAAAUGAUGGGCUGUGGCACAUGAAGACAUAUAAAUGAACCUCAGAAGGAAUGCGUUUGGGGGACUGGAUGUGCAUAUUGACUGUGCUGUAUGUGUGUUUGUGUCUGUGUGUAACAGCGUGAAGAUACUGCCUCUGUGGUUAUACGAAAUAAGUUUAACAGCUACUUUAAAGAAAACAAAUCGGGGUACUGUUACCACAGAGAAAAAAACAAAUUAGGGGACAAGCAGCAAGCAGUCGGCUACACUCUGGACUCUGAAAGCAGUGGCUGGACCCUGUGACUCUCAAGCUCCACAGCCUCUCUUGUCCUCUUCUUAGGAAGCUUGGAAGCGAUCAAGAAUGUUCUAACAUCAGGAUGUUUACCACAAGGCCCCCACAAAAGCAGCCUUGGGGACUCCCGCCUUUCCUUAAGACCUGCACCUCUUAGCUUCUUCAUCGUCUGCUAGUGAACUAAGGCUGCCGCUCACCUUCUUCAUCCCUUUGGUGGCAAAGUAGAAAGAUUCCAGAAUUAACUCGGACUUCCUUUUAGACCUGGGCUCAGUGGCAGCUGACACUGACUGAGCACCCGCUUUGUGCCAGGCACUGUGCUGAAUGCAUUGUAAGGACUUUCUUACUUAUUCCCCACAGCAGCCUUAAGAGGGGGUGCAAUUAUCCCCUUUUUACAGAUAAACUGAAGCUCAGAGAGGGAACUGCUUCCCUCAGGGUCACCCAGCUACGAGUAACUAAGCCUGUGCUUCUAACACCAAAGACCACUUCCCACUGACCCUGUGCCAGGCUUGUAUUCUCUCUGGGUCUCCAUUCCCUCCUCUAGGAAAUUGGAGGGCUUGGGGUGGCUCCAGUGAGCUCUCCCCUUCCUGAAAUUCCUACCAACGUGGGGCAGCCAAGGCUUAGCCCCCCAAACUAUAAACCUCUGACAGUGCCCACAGCCAUGCCCUCCUCCGUCCAGGGGCUGACAGGUGGGAGGGGCAGCCCCGCCCCGGGGAGUGGACUUACCCGGCCUCUCU